AUGUGCGACCUGCUAAAGUCUCGCUGGGCUCCCAGCCCAAGCGAGAUUCAAGCCCGACCCGCCGUUCCUCCCAUCACCACCCCAGCAAUUCCCCGGAAAACCACCCCGAAACCCACCACCAAACGCACGCCAUCCCCCGUCAAGCAACCCUCUCGUCAAUCCUCCCCACGACCCUCCCCCUCGAGGCACCUUUCCCGCUUCAUGAAAAUCGUCGAGCGACUAAAAUGGAAACUCCCAUAUCUGGCCUACGGCUACCGCCUCGCGACCAUCGACCCUGCCAGUAGCGACUUCGACGUCUCCCACGCCGAGAUCAUGUUCAAGCUCGAUUUCCACGAAUACUACUCUCUCCUCGAGCGUGCAAUUGUCCAUCUCCUCAGCGUCUUUGGUGUCUCUGUGUCUUCUGCUUUUCCGCGCAAUCACCUCGCCGCGUACGGCUCCGCUCCGCUCUCGACCCACCGAUACCAUGCGAACGUGUUGGAAGCGCUGCAGGAUGAAAACAGUCCCUUGCAUACUGUGCUGGGACAGGGCGAGACUCACGAACAAUUGCAGAGGGCGAAGGAGUUGCGGAAUCGGUGGAAGACGGCCGAUUUGACCAAGGAAGAACUGGAGAUGGAGGAUAAGUGGGCUGCGAGGCGGAAGGGCAAGGCCAUGCCGUUGGCGAGCUAUGAUAUCGAGAAGAUCCUCUCGGAUAUCUUCCAGGGCUUUGAUGAUGCGUAUUUGCUUGCGCAGGAGCAUGUGGUUGCGUCUGAUGGGGCGGAUAAGAUGGAUGGAUUGUUGCAGGGAGAGUCGGAUGCUGAUUGGGACUUCAUUGUCGAUGCUAUGGAUUGGGAGGCUGUUUGAGCGGUCUGGGUGGCUGUCUGUUUUUGUUAGCGAUGUUUCGGGUUAGAAUUGCAUGGUCGGAGUUCUGGUUUGGGGGUUAUCUGUUCUUCCCUCCGCUGCUUUGAUUGUUUACCAUGUGCAGUUUUUGUAUAGUGGACUGUCGGGGGUAUUAGUUGAUGGAUGUACAGGCUAGAUUCAUCUUAGGAGCAGACUCGCACUUUAUCAUU